GGAUAAGAGUUGGGGUUACAUUUUGCAGGUCUGGAUGCUGAUGGCUUCAGAGACCUAGUAUAGCCAGUGGAGCAGGAAGACUAGACCAGAGCCCCAAACUAGCAACCAUCAUGUGUGAACAAAAGAGCCAAUAUGGUUCCUAUAAAGACAACAAUCAACAGGAAGACCCUGCUUCCAGACCUGAGCAGCAGUUACCUGUGAGUGACAUCUACUGCAUUCUGCAUGAAGAAUAUAACCCAUACUUCUCAUCCACCUCAGACCUUCUUCUUGCCAUGCUAGAAUCCCUCACUGACUAUAUCUUGACGCUGGUAGGCUCUGAGGGCAACAAUGUCGGGAUGCCCACCAACCCACAAGAUGGAGAGAGAGAAAUGGACAACAACCAUGAGCAUCCUCCUAUCAUCCCAGAUGUGUCCUUCUCUUUCUCAGAUGAGAUGCCUGGGUCCAGGAAGAAAGGUUGAAAAUUGAUUCACAGAGCAUAGUGGGAAGCCUCAGAGGCUUAGCUAGAGCCACGAUGUCUCAGUGAAAAAGAGGCCCCACUGUUGUCAUCAACAAUGCUAAUAAAGGCUUUAAGUCCA